AUGCGCAACCACGCCCUUUCCGAAGGGUCGGCAAGAGACUUCGGCGCAUCGCAUUCGUUUGGUGCGGCGGUCGAGGUAGCAGGUCGAGACCAGCGCUCACAGAUCGGCGGAGCGGAAGGGGGAGCAGAAGCGGGAGCGGUGAGGGGAGCGGAGAGAAGUGCGGAGGGGGAAGCGGGGGGGGCCACGGGGGAAGCGGAAGUUAGGGCGGCGAAGGGGGAACCGGAAAUUAGGGCGGUGGAGGGCGGCGGUAGUACCUCGAGUCGAGGCCGGCAGGUGCUGAUUCGGGUGAAGCGGAAGCGCGGGGAGGCGUCAUCUGACGUGAUCGUGGUGGAGGCGGCACCCAGGGGCGGCAGAACCAAGCUUGCGCGCAGCCACGUGGAGGCCCUCCGGGCUCUGAGUCUGGGCGGGGGAGGCGGAGGAGGCGGGGGAGGCGGGGGAGGUGGGGGAGGCGGGGGAGUUGGGGGAGGCGGGAACGAACGGGAUGCGCGGGUGGCGCGGGAGGGACGGGGAAGCGCGGUCGAGGAGGCAAAGACUCUGGAGGGUCGAGGAGAAGACGCGUCUGCUUCCACUGGUCCACCGCCCGCGCGCGGGGGCGCGUCGGCGGGGCGGCGGCUGGUGUUCUGGCGGGUGGGGUCCAUGCCGUGGGCGAGCCUGCGCCACGCAGGCGCGGCGGACAGAACGUUCCGCCGGGUAAAGCUGCAGCAGCAACAGCAGCAGCAGCAGCAGCAACAGCAGCAGCAGCAGCAGCAGCAGCAUGGGGAAGAGGGUGCGUCUCAUCGUGCAUCUCCUCUCGAGCAGCAGCGGCGGCGGCUGCAGGGGCAACCAGAUGGCUUGUCCGGCGCUGCUGCUGAUGCAACGGUUCAGCGGCAGUUUGCAGCCGCGUCCGCGUUUGAGGCCGUCCCGUUUGAGCAGCAGCGGCGCAGUGCGAAGGGCGGCAGCCCGCCCCGACUGCGCGUGGCGGCCAGCCGAGCGAGAGAGGUGUCUAGAAUGCAGCGCCAUGCUCUGCUGCAGCAGAAGAGGGAAUGCCCUGUCUUUUCUCUUCCUGCCACCGCUGCUACCACUGCCACUGCUGCUGCUGCUGCUGACGUUGCUGGAGGGAAGGGAGGAGGAAAGAAGGAAGAGGACAAAAGGGAUGGGCAUGAAGGUUCAAACUUGGGAAAGGGAAAAGGUGUUGAAUACGGUUCUUUGGAAAGGGGGGAAGGAGGGAAAGGGAUGGAGGCUGCGAAAGGUGGAACAAGAGGGGAUGAGAAGGAGGAGGCGGAGGGGGAGGAGGAGGAGUGGAUGCGGCUGUUCAAUGUGGUGGAUGCAGAGCAGGUGCGGGCAGCGGAGGAGGAGGCUGCUAGGAAGGCCAAGAGGAGAGAGCAGGCACUCAGGGAGCGAGAGGCGAGGGAGGGGCAGCUGGCGUGCAACUACCUGCCACUGCUGAGAGAGUUCCUUCCAGAGGCUGCACGGGAGAUGGAGGAGAAGAUGGUGCAGGAGCAGCAGCAGAGAGGCAUUUCUGCUGAUGCUGCCACAGGGCAAUGGGGUCUCCAAAAUUCCAUUGCUCCACAGCAGCAAGCUGAGCAGGAGCAGCAGGACACGGAUUCAGACGAUGUGUGUGACCUGUACUGCAUGGAGGGGUGCCUCUCUGAUGACGAUGACGACAUGGAUGGACCGCUGGGCUCGUACCUCCACCACCACUCUGCACCGUACCCAACGCUGCGCAUAUGUGACAACCACGUGUUUGACGAGAGUGGGGAGCCCUUCACUCUCAGCAAAGGGGACGCGCUUAUUUCAGACGGUGACAGUGACGACUCAAAUGGUGUUUGGUCCAUAAAACAUUUUGGCAUCACCUCGCCACCACCAGCCAGAAUCACCACAGCCGUUGAUACGUCCAAUGGAAGGUCAGGAUUCGACUGUGCCACAACCUAUUCAGCCAGCAGCAUGAGUUGA